ACUACUCCCUCUCGCUUUCAUGUGGGCCCUCAACUCCGUGACCCACAAGUCGGCCAAGUUGUAAGAUUCCUGUAAGCUGUAGCCUUCUCCUCCCCCAGCAUAGGCGAUGGUCCCGUCGCCCAGUAGAACAAUUUACUACAGGGAAGAGAGAGGGAGGAAGAAAGCUAUCAACGGCGACGCGGCGGUCCAGCAGAUCCGUACUGCUCGGGGGAUCUGGGGGAAGGGAGAACCGGCGGGGGCCGCCUAUGCGUCGGUGAGGUGGGGCCCAGUCGGCGGUAGAGCAGGAAUGGCGGCGGCGGUGUUGGGGAGAGGGAGGUGGCGACCGGUGGUCGUCGCUGUGUUGAUGGUUGUUGCGGGGGUGGGCCAUGUCUUCGCCAACACGGAGGGUGAUGCUCUGUAUAACCUGCGUCAGAGUCUGAAGGAUAGCAACAAUGUAUUGCAGAGUUGGGAUCCCACUCUUGUUAAUCCUUGUACAUGGUUUCAUGUUACAUGUAACAAUGAUAACAGUGUAAUUAGAGUUGACCUUGGAAAUGCACAAUUAUCCGGUGUACUAGUGUCCCAGCUUGGGCAGCUGAAAAAUCUCCAAUAUUUGGAGCUUUACAGCAACAACAUAAGUGGGCCAAUACCUGCUGAACUGGGCAACCUAACUAGCCUGGUCAGUUUGGAUUUGUAUCUGAACAAGUUCACAGGAGUUAUUCCUGACAGCCUGGGGAAUCUUUUGAAGCUUCGAUUCCUCCGUCUUAACAACAACAGCAUGUCGGGUCAAAUUCCUAAAUCCUUGACUGAUAUCACUACUCUUCAAGUACUCGAUCUCUCAAACAACAACCUCUCAGGAGCAGUUCCAUCUACUGGCUCCUUUUCGCUCUUCACCCCUAUAAGUUUUGCGAAUAAUCCACUUCUUUGUGGUCCUGGUACCACAAAGCCCUGCCCUGGGGAUCCUCCUUUUUCCCCACCUCCUCCAUACAAUCCUCCAACACCACCAACUCAAUCAGCAGGUGCCUCUAGCACUGGAGCUAUCGCAGGUGGCGUUGCUGCUGGUGCUGCACUGGUGUUUGCUGUUCCUGCUAUUGCAUUUGCAAUGUGGCGCCGUCGUAAACCUGAAGAACAUUUCUUCGAUGUGCCUGCCGAGGAAGAUCCAGAAGUUCAUCUUGGUCAGCUUAAGAAGUUCUCAUUGCGAGAGCUUCAAGUUGCAUCUGACAACUUUAAUAAUAAGAACAUUUUAGGAAGAGGUGGUUUUGGAAAAGUGUACAAGGGGAGGCUUGCAGAUGGUACAUUGGUAGCGGUGAAAAGACUAAAAGAGGAACGUACCCCUGGUGGCGAGCUUCAGUUCCAAACAGAAGUUGAGAUGAUUAGCAUGGCAGUGCAUAGGAACCUUCUCCGACUUCGUGGUUUUUGCAUGACACCUACUGAACGAUUACUAGUCUAUCCAUACAUGGCCAAUGGCAGUGUUGCAUCACGUUUGCGAGAGCGUCAGCCAUCUGAACCACCCCUUGAUUGGGAUACCAGAAGACGAAUUGCACUUGGAUCUGCAAGGGGACUCUCUUACUUGCACGAUCACUGUGAUCCCAAGAUCAUCCACCGUGAUGUCAAAGCUGCAAAUAUUCUUUUGGACGAGGAUUUCGAGGCAGUUGUGGGUGAUUUUGGGCUUGCCAAACUUAUGGAUUACAAGGAUACUCAUGUAACUACUGCUGUUCGUGGAACAAUUGGACACAUUGCUCCUGAGUACCUAUCCACUGGAAAGUCCUCUGAGAAGACUGAUGUUUUCGGCUACGGAAUCACACUUCUGGAGCUUAUUACUGGGCAGAGGGCAUUUGAUCUUGCUCGCCUUGCAAAUGAUGAUGAUGUUAUGCUUCUUGACUGGUUGCUAUGAGUGAAGCAAGGGGUUGGGCGUAUGAGAACCUCUACCAGCGUUUAAACAUGAAGGAAGGCGAAAGGGACAUCUAUAAGAUGGCCAAGAUCUGAGAGAGGAAGACGAGGGAUGUCAACCAAGUCAAAUGCAUCAAGGACGGAGCAGAUCGCCUUCUGGUGAAGGACAGGAUGAGGAGAUCAAGCAUUGAUGGUGAGAGUACUUUGACAAGUUGUUCAAUAGAGAAAAUGAGAGCUCUACCAUUGAGCUGGACGACUCCUUUGAUGAUACAACAUAGGUUGUGUGCAACGAAUCUAGGAGUCUGUGGUCAGGGAGCUUUAAAAAGAUGAAAUGCGGCAAGGCAAUGGGCCCUAAUUGUAUCCCCAUUGAGGUGUGGAGAGCCUCAUAGACAGCGAUGGUAUGGCUAACUAAGCUUUUCAACAUCAUGUUUCGGGCAAACAAGAUGCCGGAAGAAUGGAGACAGAGUAUAUUAGUACCAAUCUUCAAGAACAAGCAGGAUGUUCGAAGUUGUACUAAUUAUCGUGGAAUUAAGCUGAUGAGCCAUACAAUGAAGCUAUGUGAGAGUCAUUGAGCACCACUUGAGAAGAAUGACGAGCGUGACCAAAAAUCAGUUUGGUUUCAUGCCUGGGAGGUUGACCAUGGAAGCCAUUUUCUUGGUAUGGCAACUUAUGAAGAGAUACAUGGAGCAAAAGAAAGGCUUGCAUACGAUAAGAUACCGCGGAAUGUCACGUGGUGGGCCUUGGAGAAACAUAAAGUCUAAACAAAGUACAUUGCCCUCAUCAAGGACAUGUACGAUAAUGUUGUGACAAGUGAUGGAGACACUGAAAACUUUUUGGUUAAAAUAGGACUGCACCAAGGGUUAGCUUUGAGCCCUUAUCUUUUGCUUUUGUGAUGGAUGAGGUCACAAGGAGAUAUCCCAUGGUGUAUGCUUUUCGUGGAUGAUGUGGUGCUAGCGGCGAUAGUCAGACUUUGGAAUCAAAAGGUUUUUGGCUUGGUAGAAUUAAAACUGAGUACAUGAGGUGUGGUUUUAGUACUAGUGGGCACGAGGAGGAGGUUGGCCUUGGUGGGCAGGUGGUAUACUAGAAGGACACCUUUCGAUAUUUGGGGUCAAUGCUGCAGAAGGAUGGUGAUAGCGAUGAAGAUGUGAGCCAUCGAAUCAAAGCUGGAUGGAUGAAGUGGCACCAAGCUUCUGGCGUUCUCUGUGACAAGAGAGUGCCACAAAAGCUAAAAGGCAGGUUCUAAGGACGGCGAUUUGACCUGUGAUGUUGUAUGGCGAUGAAUGUUGGCCAACUAAAAGGCAACAUGUCCAACAGUUCGGUGUAGUAGACAUCGUCUGAGAUGGUUUGGGCAUAUACAACGCAUGCCACGUUUAUUCAGGUUCUAUAGGAAGCGUCAGUGCAUGGCAGACGUUUAAAGCAUGCUGAUGAUGUCAAGAGAGGUCGGCUGACCAAACUUAACAUGAGAGGAGUCUGCUAAGAGAGAUCUGAAGGAAUGGAAUGUCACCAAAGAACUAGCCAUGGACAGGGGUGCGUGGAAGUUAGCUAUGCACGUGCGAGAACCAUGAGUUGGUUUUGAGAUCUUAUGGGUUUCAACUCUAGCCUACCCCAAUUUGUUUGGGACAAAAAGGCUUUGUUGUUGUUGUUGUACUGUACUUGCUGAAAUAGUUUGACGGGAAGACAAUUAUUUCAUUAUGAUCAAAAUUAAUGAAAUUCUGAUGAAAGUACAAAGUGAAAACCAUGCUCAAGAGUGAGCGUAAAUAAUUAUCAUCACCACAUCUAAUGUUUUUCUCAUGAUCAUGCUGUUUUGGAAUUUAAGAUUUCUUAUAAAUGAUUGUCACCAAGCCCAUGUAAUAAUGGGCUGUCCUUAGCCCCAUUAACUUGUUAUAUAGAGGGUAUACAUUGGUGAGUGACAGGCUGGCAGUUCAUCCUUCCAGGACAGAAUGUGCUAAUAUGCUGUCACUAGAGACAACCAGUUGUAUCAUAUGUGGGAUGCAUUAUACUCUGUUAUCAGUAACAAGUGGGCAAAUGAUUAAUUCAACUGCCAAUUCUACAGGUGAAAGGAUUGUUGAAGGA